UUGACAUCACUGUGCCCCCAUUAUUGCAUCAUGUACACAUAAAGAGACUCAAAGAGAAUGUAUCUGCUACAUGGAGGCAAGCCUCUGUGAUCCAAGAAGUGAAACAAACUUCUAGAUCCAGGGGUAGCACUGCACUUAAUGGAUUGUCCUUAAGCCAGGACCAUCAUAGCCAGAGCAAACUCUGGAGAGCUCAGACACAGACCACUUCUGCAUCAAGAGCAUCCUUGAAUCACCCAGAUAUGUUUUGGAAAAACUUUCAAAAAGCUCAGACAACCUUGAAUCCGGUCACUGAUGGCUCUGGUAAAGGGCCCAGUGCUGUAAAGGCCAAUGCUCUUCGACAGCAAGGGAAUGCAGACAAAGUCAAAUGCCCUUUGUCACCCCAAAGCACUGACAGGCCCACCCCACCACUGUUAGCAGAAGCUAUCAAGGACAUUGUGGCUAACUUGUUGGUCAACAUCUAUUUUGAUAGACCUGAUACUCCUAGUGGUGCUUCCAGUCCUAUUUCUGAUCCAGCUUCACUAAAUCUUCUUGACAGUGUGCUUCUGCAGAUAGAGCGAUAUCAUCAACUGGAUGAAGUGGGUGCUGAUCAGCUCUCCUCCUUACACAUUGACACACAGCAGGUUGCCAGGUCUGUCUAUCGAGACUUGGUCAAUUACAGUGGCAGCUGUGAAAAUUUGCAUUGUGCCAUUUCUGCCUGUGAGGAUCGCAUAGUGGAAAGGAUUGCAAGCUCACUGGUCAAAUUAUUGUCCAGGAGUAUCCAGAACACAGAUCACCUCAGUCGUGAUAACUUGAGCAGCACAGCCUCCACUCGACUGUGCUCCUUAGCCUCUACUCGCUUUAGCUCUGCAGCAUCCUGGAUUACUGAGGAAGCAGGCACAAUUUCUGGGGACAUUACACUUAGAUCUGUAGAUCUAAUAGAGCAAUCAAGUUCAUGUUCCUUAGAAAUGGCAGAAAAUCUAAUGGAUGCAGUUAUGGUUGAGCUCUACACUGACCCAGAAAUGUUUGGCACCCCACAGCCAGACAACCUGAACUGGCCCCAGCUCUCUCUGGCUGAACUUAAUCAAGCAGCAACAGAGGUCUACAAACAGAUGUUGGAACAAUGUGGCUCAGUGGAGAACCUUCAAAGUGCUCUGAGGUCCAGGGAGAAAGAAGUGGUCACCAAAAUGGCUGUCGCAAUCGCAUCUCAAACCUACAGGCUAAUCUCUUUGAAUGAAUCAAGUGACACUCCUUUACCGGAUCAGACCUCUCAUCUCAAUGAUUCCUUAUCCAUAGGCAGUUCUCCACAGCAGUCUGGCCAGUGUUUUAUUUUUUACCAGACAGUAUGGGACAUCAUCUCAACACUUUUGCUUGAACUGUGUAAAAAAAAAAAACACACACAGCAUCUCACCCCAAAACUCUUUCUUAGGUCACUGAACACACUCUCAGAGUGUCCCGGAGUGAAAAUAAUUAAUGAUAAAAAACAGUGUGACAUCUCCAACGAUUACAAUGUUGUUGCACGGAUUGCGCUUGGGGCACGAAUAAAACUCAGUGAACAUCCUGACUACUGGAGUAUCCUGGAGACUUUGUUGACUGCCAAAGAUGAGGCUGCAGCUGGGAGAGUUGUGACCACUAUUGUUGAAGAAAUAUUGAAAUUUGCAUCACAUCCAUUUGAUGUCAUCCCAGUUCUAGAAAACCAGCAUACCUCAGAUGUUUGUAGUCUGCGUGCUGGCAUGCCAUGUUCAGCUUCAGACAACCCAAGCAGAGAUAUGACUCCAGUAUCACCUGAUAGUGUAACCAAGGGGACACCUUGCCAGUCAAGCACAGUUGGCUCAAAGAAAGUGACGUUCUGGCCUUUUGCACAAGUUGAUUACCACAGUAAAUCACAAGCUCCACCCAAAAUGGGGUCUGAGAUCACACCACACCCAGCGAGUCACUUGAGAGGCAGAAGAGUGAUAAGUGUUAAAGUAAAGAAGCAUUCUAAGAAAGGUAGACCUGCAAGACCAAGGAGGCAGAAAAAUAAUGUGGAUAACGAGCAGACAAACAAGGAAACACAGGUGAAGAGUCUUGGAUCGUUCCUCUCAAAAUUCUUUCACUAGAAAACCGUGGUGUAUCGUAACAGCCAAACUGAACACGAGACUUCAAUAAAGUUCAGCAGCAGCAGCA